AAUCUGUUAAACAUUAAUCGCAAUAUUUGUGCGCAAAUUUGACCAUUUUCUUUAUUACAUCAAGAACACGACUCGUCGGCGGCGACUCAGCAGUAAUGACGAGUUCCGUCCGAGUUGCGGCAGCUCAGAUGACUUCAAUCAACGACCUCGCCGCCAAUUUCUCCACUUGUUCUCGCCUUGUCAAGGAAGCAGCUUCGGCUGGGGCAAAAAUGCUUUGUUUUCCUGAAAACUUCUCCUAUGUUGGCGCUGCACUUGGUGAUAGUCUUAAGAUUGCAGAACCACUAGACGGGCCUAUCAUGAAAGGGUACUGUUCUCUUGCAAGGGAAUCCAACAUUUGGUUGUCUCUGGGAGGAUUCCAAGAAAAAGGAUCAGAUGAUGCACACUUGCGUAACACACAUGUUUUAAUUGACAAUGCUGGAAAUAUCAAAAGCACAUAUAGCAAGAUGCACUUGUUUGAUGUGGAUGUUCCUGGAGGGGCUGUGUAUAAAGAGAGCAGCUUUACAGAAGCAGGGAAGGAAAUUGUAGCAGUAGACAGCCCCGUCGGACGGUUGGGUUUGACAGUUUGUUAUGAUUUAAGAUUCCCAGAGAUCUAUCAGCAGCUGAGGUUUCAUCAUGAAGCACAGGUGAUGUUGGUACCUUCAGCAUUUACAAAAGUUACGGGGGAGGCCCACUGGGAGAUUCUUCUCCGUGCCCGUGCAAUUGAAACCCAGUGCUAUGUCAUAGCAGCUGCACAAGCAGGAAAGCAUAGUGAAAAAAGAGAAAGCUUUGGUGAAACACUAAUAAUUGAUCCUUGGGGUUCUGUCAUUGGUCGGCUACCUGAUCGAGUGUCAACAGGCCUUGCUGUUGCAGAUAUUGACUUCUCACUGCUUGAUUCAGUUAGAGAAAAGAUGCCGAUUUCCAAGCACCGGAUGUCCCUUGAUUUUUGGAAACAGGUCUCUACGUAAAUCUGGAAGUGGAUUAAGCUGCCUACUGAUAGCCCCUAGUUCGCACUUUAGUCAGAUAUAUGUUGGCCCUGAGUUCAAAUAUUAUACUGAUAUUCAUGAUUCAUACAAACAUCAUGUAUUUAUUGAUUUUAAGAGCCAUAACAAACUUUCUGAACUAUGUUAUAUAUCUAUGGUCAUAUUGAGAUAUAUUAUUAAUGUAACAAUCUAAAUAAUAUGUGUUCGUGGAUUUCGUUAUUA